CUCUUCUUCACUUUCCAACCAACUUGUCCAACGACACCGCAACACACAACAACGCGACAUGGCAUCUACGAAAGCAAGUACUCCUCAAGGCCUUCUAAUCAAGAAGACUUUAGCUAAUACUUGCGAUCCUUUAGGGCCUAGUCAACAUUGUGAUUGACGAGAAUGGAGAUCUGAUCCUUAGUCUCUACCAAAUCCUUAGAAAAGAAGACGAAAACGAGAAGUUCAUCGGCGCAGAUGGCAAGAAGAUGCGGGGUACUGUCGUUGCGUCUAUGAAAGUCAACCGUCAAGUCCUCAUUGACAACUCUCAAGUCUUUAAGGCCAUGAUGAGCAGCGAUGGUCACUGGAAGGAAACCUACGCCAGCACGAUCGACAUGGAAGUCGACAACAUCCCAAGCGUCGAGGUUGUACUCAGAGCUCUUCACGGUACCAUGAAGGAGGAGCUGUACGGUGCGAGCGUCUCAUUUCCUGACGUUUGGGAGAUCAUUCAGUUCUGUAGCUAUCGCCAAAUCGAGGUCUUGAAGCUGAAAGGCUGGUUUGCGAAGUGGCUGGAGAACGCUCUGAAGGUCAAGCUGGAUCAUGACGAUUUGAAGAUGUUGCUUUUCCCAUGCUACACUUUCGACCACGCCAAAGGCUUUGCUUCCAUGACGAAGACGCUGGCUUACAACUCGGCUGAACACACGACGGAGUACAACCCUACUGAUUAUCGUCAUCUUCAUCUUGAUGGCAACGCAAUUGGAGGACUCAAUGGUGCUCGAGGCAGUAUGAGAGGAAAGUUACUUCGAGGUCUCUUCGACCCUGUCGCUGCCUUCCUCGAGGCAAAAUGUGACUGCAAGGCGAACGCACUCUUUGCUUACCACAUCGGUUUGAGCAAGACCGGCAUCUGGCCCAUCCACGACCAUCACAAGAAGUCCGUGCAGGAUAUUCUGGAUAGUCCUGGUAUGAUUAACUUCCAGUGCACGAUUCCCGAUGGUGCUUGUUCUAGUUGUCGAUCGAGGCUGUCUUCUACUAAAGUAACCGAGCUCCGUCGCAAGAUCCUCAAUGAUUUCCAUGGUCUUUGCCUAGACUGUAUGACAAUGACGAAGACGGGCGAUAUUGACUCCGACUACUGGGAUCAUGAUCGUAUGCACGAGUGGGAUGCAGGUUGCCGGAUCCAACAUAGUCAGCCUACCUGGUAUUUCUCAUACAUGGGCAGAAAAACCGACAUGAAGAAUCACCAGAAGGCAAUGAAGAGGGCGAAGUAG